GCCAAGUUAAAGUCGUCACGUCUAUUUCUCUGCAAUUUUUUAACAAUAAACAUUUAUUUACGCCUGAGGCUAAACUAGUUUGAUUUUUUUGUUAUAAAAAAGACGCGUAUUUAUGCUAAUUCGAUAUGUAUCUACUACUCUUCACAAUAUUCCUAUUCACGCUAAUAGCGUGGAAGGGCUUAAAGUUGCUUAACUAUAUUGAUAAUGUAAUGGGCAUAAUGGAGAUGAUCCCAGGGCCAACGCCAUACCCGUUUGUGGGCAACCUCUUUCAGUUUGGACUCAAACCGGACGAAUAUCCAAAGAAGAUUUUACAGUAUUGCCGGAAAUAUGACUUCCAGGGCUUCCGUUCGGUGGUGUUCUUCCARUAUCAUGUCAUGUUGAGUGAUCCGGCGGAAAUUCAAAACAUCCUCUCGAGCUCUACGCUGCUGUACAAGGAGCACCUGUACUCCUUUCUGCGUCCUUGGCUGGGCGAUGGCCUUGUGACCGCCGCAGGAGCGCGCUGGCUGAAGCAUCGCCAAAUCUAUGCGCCRGCAUUCGAGCAGCAAGCAAUUGACGGUUAUUUGCAGGUGGUGCAUCGUGCUGGUAAGCGUUUAGUGCAGAAGCUCUCAGAGCGCGCCACUGCAGCCGCAGAUGGCGUGCCGAAAGUCUUGGACGUGCAGCCACUGUUGGGCAAAUGCACCUUGGAUAUCGCUGUUGAAAAUGCUACAGGCAUACCUAGUUUCGAGCUGAACGACGGCAAAACCGAGCUGCACGCUGCAAUUAWUGACCUCUGCGACGUGAUAAAGGAGCGUACAUUCAGCAUUGUAAAGCGCUUUGACACGCUUUUCCAAUUAACGCCACAUUAUUGGAAACAACRCACCGCGCUGAGCACUCUUGAGCGCGUAAUUAACAAGAUUGUCGAUCAACGUCGCGAAAGUCUGCAGGCGUCUGCGGCUCAGCAAGCGCACCAGCAGCCAGGCGUUCGGGAGCAGCAGCCGGCAACCAGCACAAUGCUGCGUCCAUUUCUUGAUGUGCUCUUGCAGGCGAAGCUGGAUAGGCGUGCGUUGACCAAUAAGGAAAUAUUCGAGGAGCUCUCCACAUUUAUAUUUACGGAACAUAACUGCACCGCAUCUGCGCUCUCUUUUACACUGUACGUCCUUUCUCGACACGCAGCCGUUCAAGAGAAGCUCUACGCCGARCAGCAACGCAUUUUCGGCACUGAAGCAGCCGCGCAGUUGGCACGUGUGCCCAGCAUUGAAUGUGCACAUUUGGAGCAGAUGUGCUACUUGGAGUUUGUAAUACGCGAGACAUUGCGUCUGUAUCCGUCGGUGCCAUUAAUUGCACGCACCAAUCGCAAGGCAAUCGAUAUCAAUGGUACCAAAAUCGCCAAGCGCACAACCGUUAUUAUGUGCCUGAUAGCCAUGGGCUAUAAUGAAAAGUACUUUGACGAGCCGACCGCAUUUCGCCCCGAACGCUGGCAGCAUAUCAAUAAGGACGAGGCGGCGGGUCUGCAGGCCUUCAAUAGCGUGCCUUUUAGUGCCGGACCAAGGAGAUGCAUUGCCGAAAAGUAUGCCAUGUACGAACUGAAGUCGCUGCUCUCAAUGAUUUUGCGUAACCUGGAAAUUUUACCGGCCAAAGAUGGCCUGCCAUCGGGUAUCAACGAUCACUCACGCUUGGACUGUGCGCCACAGAGUGAAUACGAUCCCAUACUGAAUAUUCGCGUGACGCUUAAGUCCGAGAAUGGCAUACAGUUGCGACUGAAAAGACGAACGAACGCCGAUAAGUAARCAAAAUGGAAAGCAAAA